AGAGACGAGAGAGAGAGAGAGAAAGGAGGAGGUUUACAUCACCACCCCCGCCGUUUUUAGAGAGAGAAACGGCGGUUUACAUCACCACCCCCGCCAUUUCUCGAGGUGGGAGAGAGAUUUACCAUACAACGUCCCCUGCCUCCUACAGAGACGGAAAGAGUGAUAAAACACGCCCCCUGCAGUUUAGAGUGAGAGAGAGAGUUUAGAGAGAGAGAGCUUUACGACACGGCUUCGCCGUUUCAAUGGGUGGACGUUUGUGGCAGGGGUGAAAAAAAGCUGCAGGGUGAGAGACGACUCAGGAGCAACGAACCCCAUGAGAGAAAACAUGGCACAAUUCCAAUCCGCCAUGGGCAACAGAAACGCCCAAAACCCAAACCCCAUCUCUCCAAACGCCACAACUUUCUCUCUCUAAAUUUGAGUCACCAAAAACCACACACCCCAAAUCCCAUCCUGUAAAAACCAGCAGUCUAUCUCUGCAAGCUUCAACUUCAAAAGAGCCGAAAAACCCAAAACGCAUCUCUCUAAACACCAUUAACACACGGCCCACUAAUCCCAUGAGAGAGAAAGGACCAUAAUUCAAGCAAACGCACAAAACCCAUUACUUUCUCUCUCCAGACCUCAACUACCAGAAACCCAAGCACCCCAAACUAAACACCACCGAUUUCUCUUUCUAGAACCCCUGAAAAUGAGCAGCGGAGGGGGAGGAGGAGGAGGAGGGGGCAACGGGCCGUGCGGCGCUUGCAAGUUUUUGAGGCGGAAGUGCGUGAGCGGGUGCGUAUUUGCGCCUUACUUUGACUCAGAGCAAGGAGCCGCGCACUUUGCAGCGGUGCACAAAGUGUUUGGUGCCAGCAACGUGUCGAAGCUUUUGCUCCACAUCCCUGCGCACAAGCGCCUCGACGCGGUCGUCACCGUGUGCUACGAGGCUCAGGCCAGGCUCAGGGAUCCCGUCUAUGGUUGCGUCGCCCAUAUCUUUGCCCUUCAACAACAGGUGAUGAACCUUCAAGCGGAGCUGGCAUACAUGCAAGCCCACCUCUCCACCAUGGAGCUCCCGCCACCCCCUCCGCCACCACCAGCUCCGUCUCAGCCAUCCGCCGCCUUCAUGUCCACAUCGCCCGACCUCAUCGCCUCCUCUUCCAACUCCAAUUUCGAUCUCUCCGCCCUCUUCGACCACCACUCCCACUACGUGAUCGACCCCGCCUCCCGCUUUUACCGGAGCCAGCCCGACCCGGCGGUCACAGCCGGCGGUGCCGCCGGUGGCGAGCUCCACGCCCUCGCGAGAGAGCUCCUUACUAGACGACGGUCAUCUCCUGGCCCCUCAACUAAGGCUCUCUCCAAUUAAUUCAGAAAAAAAAAGGGUUUCUCUUAUAUUAAUUAAUACAUCUUUUAAUCUUAAAUCUUUCACUACUGAAUUAUCCCGCUAAUCUACUUUUUUUCGUUUUUUUUUUUUUUUUGUACUUUUGAUUGAGUGAAGUGCAAAAUGAUGUGUAUGAAUUGGACGGUCGCGAUUUGGCGGUUAGUUCCUGUCCAAUGGCACGCAAAUCGUGUCUUUCUGUGGGGCCAUUUAGGAUAUAAUCUCAGAAAGAAGGGCGAGAAGUAUUUUGUAAUUCUCGGCUUAUAUGAAACU